AUGGCUAAUAAUAAUAAUAUCCAAUCAGAUUCGGUGAGUUUUUUUUUAUUUUUCAAAAUUAUCGAUUUUCAAAUGAAAAUUGGCUAAAAAAUCAACAAAUUGCUCAUCAAAUCUUCACUUGAAAUUAUCUAUUUUUCAUGAAAAAUAGGUCAUAUUGCUCAUGUUAAACUCUAAAAACCCCACAAUUUCUCAAUAGAGCGAAUUUACCAAUUUUCAGUUAAAAAUUUCAAAUUUUCAAGUUUCCGGGGACAAUUUUGACGGGAAAUUCAAAGCUACACUUAAAAUUAUCGAUUUUUCAUGAAAAAUAGGUCAUAUUGCUCAUGUUAAACUCUAAAAGUGUCCGAAAACCUUCAAUAGAGCGCAUUUGCCACUUUUCCGCUAAAAUUUUGAAUUUUUCGAGUUUCCGGGGUCAAUUUUGGCGGGAAAUUCAAAUAUACACUUGAAAUUAUCGAUUUUUGAUGAAAAAUAGGUCAUAUUGCUCAUGUUAAACUCUAAAAACCCCACAAUUUCUCAAUAGAGCGCAUUUGGCAAUUUUCAGCUAAAAAUUUGAAAUUUUCAAGUUUCCGGGGUCAAUUUUGGCGGGAAUUUCAAAUCUACACUUGAAAAUUAUCGAUUUUUCAUGAAAAAUAGGUCAAAAAUCAAUAAAUUGCUCAUGUUAAUCCUGAAAAUCAAUUUUUAAUUAGCAGAUCCCGUUGAAGAAGUUUCGAUUGAAGCUCGAUGAAUUCUUGAUUUUCACAUGUCAAUUCUCGAUUUUCUACACAUUCGUCGCUGAAAACAUCAAGAGUCACAAAUUUUUGAUUUUUGUAAGUUCAAUUUCAGCAAAAAACUACUGAAAAUAAAUAUUCAGGCACUCAUCCAAGCUUUCAUUUCUGUAAUGUUUAUUCGUCAAAAGGCUGUGUUCAUUAUUACUCAUUUUCUCGUCCAACUUUUGAUUUUCCUCUACACGAUAAUUCUGAAUUUGUUCAGCAUUUGGUUUGGAUGUGAGUUUUUCUGGAUGAAAAAUCGAUAAUUUUAGGUCUGGAAACUCGAAAUUUUGAAUUUCCCGCCGCCAAAAUUGACCCCGGAAACUUGAAAAAUUCAAAAUUCUAGCUGAAAAUUGCCAAAUGCGCUCUAUUGAGAAAUUGUGGGGUUUUUAGAGUUUAACAUGAGCAAUAUGACCUUUUUUCAUCAAAAAUCGAUAAUUUCAAAUGUAAAUUUGAAUUUCCCACCAAAAUUGACCGCGGAAACUUGAAAAAUUCAAAUUUUCAACUGAAAAAUUGGCAAAUGCGCUCUAUUGAGAAAUUUUGGGGUUUUAGAGUUUAACAUGAGCAAUAUGAUCUAUUUUUCAUGAAAAAUCGAUAAUUUCAAGUGUAGAUUUGAAUUUCCCGCCGCCAAAAUUGACCCCGGAAACUUGAAAAAUUCAAAUUUUUAGCUGAAAGUUGGCAAAUGAGCUCUAUUGAGAAAUUGUGGGGUUUUUUAGAGUUUAACAUGAGCAAUAUGACCUAUUUUUCAUGAGAAAUCGAUAAUUUCAAAUGUAGAUUUGAAUUUCCCGCCAAAAUUGACCCCGGAAACUUGAAAAAUUCAAAUUGUUAGCUGAAAAUUGGCAGAUGCGCUCUAUUGAGAAAUUGUGGGGUUUUUAGAGUUUAACAUGAGCAAUAUGACCUAUUUUCAUGAAAAAUCGAUAGUUUCAAAUGUAGAUUUGAAUUUCCCGCCAAAAUUGACCCCGGAAACCUGAAAAAUUCAAAAUUUUUAGCUGAAAAUUGGCAAAUGCGCUCUAUUGAGAAAUUGUGGGGUUUUUAGAGUUUAACAUGAGCAAUAUGACCUAUUUUUCAUAAAAAAUCGAUGAUUUCAAAUGUAGAUUUGAAUUUCCCGCCAAAAUUGACCCCGGAAACCUGAAAAAUUCAAAAUUUUUAGCUGAAAAUUGGCAAAUGCGCUCUAUUGAGAAAUUGUGGGGUUUUUAGAGUUUAACAUGAGCAAUAUGACCUAUUUUUCAUGAAAAAUCGAUGAUUUCAAGAUUCCGCCACCAGAAACUUCGACAUCUUCCGCUUCUUCAACCAAACAGCCUCGGAUCUCUCGAUGUUUCACUUCCAAAUCAUCUACUUUGUGGCAGUUCUUGGAUAUAUCGAAGUUCUUGUUGAAAACAUCGAGAGUAGAUCUAAAAAUCCUGAAAUUCCUGAUCAAUUUCAGCUUCCGAUGAAUGAGUAUAGAAACGAGAUUAAAAAAUAUAUUAUUCAAGUCUGCCAAUCUUUGAUGCUCUUGUUUUUUGUUUUUGAAGUUGUCCGCAGGAAGAACUACCACUUUUUGAUCUACGUAAGUUAUGGGGUGGCUCAAGUCGAAAAAAAAUAAUAAAAAACCAUUUUUCAGCCAAAAAUGAUGACAAAUCAAUAUUUUUCAAGCUUCUGGAGUGAUUUCUGAUGAAAAUUGACCUUGAAAUUCACUUUCCAGAAGUUACUGAUUUUGAAUUUCGAAAAAAUCAAUAAAAUGAGGUAAGAUAGGGUUCCCGAAGCUUAUUUUCAUCAAAAAUCACUCCAUAAGCUUCAAAAAUAUUGAUUUUUCAUCAUUUUUGACUGAAAAACUAAUUCUUACCAGGCCUGUGCCAGAAAUUUUCCGGAUUUCCGGAUUUCCGGUUUUUUCGCGGAAAAAUCAAUUUUCCGAUUUUUUUCAUGAAAUUUUUGGAAUUUUACGACUUUUUGAACGUAAAACGUCUCAAAUAGUUACUAAAUUAAAUUACCUGUGAAUUAAAGAAUUGUAGAUAAAAAUAAGUUUUAGUGCCUUAACUUAAGGCUGAAAAUCGAAAUUUCAGACUUUGAGAAAUUUUCCGGAUUUUCCGGCUCAAAAAAUCCGGAAAAAAAAACUUCAAAUUUAUUUCAGGCACUCAUCCAAGCUCUCAUUUCCAUAAUGUUUGUUAUCGAAGACAAAUCCUUUGUCACAUUCCAUCUUAUCGUUCAACAUAUCGUGUUUUUCUACACUUUUGUUCUCAAUUUUUUUAAAUGUGGGUUUUAUUAUUGAAAUUCAUGCGAAAAUUCCCGGGUUUUUGAGCUCAAAAAAUGGUUUUUGACGUAAAAAAAUAAAAUAGGUUUUUGGUUUUCUAGGCCACAAUUAACAUUCUUUUGGUUUUCUAGGUCACCAAAAUCAUUCUUUCGGUUUUCUAGGCCACCAGAAUCGUGCUUUUGGUUUUCUAGGCCACCAAAAUGAUGAUUUUGGGUUUCUAGGCCACCAGAAUCGUGCUUUUGGUUUCCUAGGUCACCAAAAUGAUGAUUUUGGGUUUCUAGGCCACCAAAAUCAUGUCUAAAAAUUGACACGUGGCAAAUUUUUCUAGGUUUCGAGCAAAUCUUAAAUUUUAUAUCUGAAAAAUCCAACAUGUUCAACCUGACACGUGUCAGAAUUGAUCAUGAAACCUCAAAUUUUUGGGCGAAAAAAAAAAUCCUGGAAAAAUACGUUUAAAAAAUUUUAAAGGGACAAACAUGUGUCCCUUUAAACUACCGUAGUAUAUUAAGAGCAUACUGUAUUUUAAAGGAACACACACUCACUCCGCUCGAACCGCUUGCGCGGAAUUUUGAUCUACACUCGCGCCAUAGGCGCUCGGGAUACUGUACAUCACUCAGAGGAGCAUACAGUAUCCCGAGCGCCUAUGGCGCGAGUGUAUAUCAAAAUUCCGCGCAAGCGGUUCGAGCGAAGCGAGUGUGUGUUCCCUUAAAGUACCAUAGGCUCCUAAUAUACUAUGGUAAUUAGAAGGAACAUAUGUAUGUCCCUUUAAAAUACUGUAGGCUCUCUAGAAACUACAGUAUUUUAAAGGGACAUACACUCGCUUUGCUCGAACAAAAAUACGUUUCAAAAAAUUUAUUUGGAAAAUUUUCGGAUUUCAUAAAUAGAAAAAUUCUGAAAUUUUCUAGAUUCCGAAGUGGAACGCUACGACAUCUUCCAAUUUUUCCACCAAAAAGCCACGGAUCAAACGUUGCUUUUCAGCCAAAUCAUCUACAUUGUCGCAGUUCUUGGAUAUCUCGAAUUCCUCACCGAAAAAUCGGAGAAAAAAUCGGAGAAAACCAAGAUUUUCCAAUUUGUCUAA